AUGAGUGAGAAAAGAGAUGAGUAUUUUCCAAUCUCUGAAGGGCAUGCAGUUAUUGCACAACGAAUACUAAAAGAAUUACUGGAUACACGUUCAUUCCAAAAAUAUCUUAUCGACAGUACAGUGAAUGAAAUAUUCGGUGAUUCGGUAUGUGUUCCUGUUCCAUUACUGGAGCUUAAUUCGUCGAGAAAAUGUUCGAAGGUUGAAUCAUCAGUACGUCGGCAUCUUUGUAUUCGCAAAAAUGUUGGCAUAUUGAUACAGCAGUUAGCAUUGAUCAAAGACCUCUUCGCUACGAGUUCAAAUCUCGCAUUCUGUCAUGUUGGUGCUAAUUCAAAUCAUGAUGCUGCUUUACUGUUUUCCACCCGACUACAUUUACAGCGAUUUAUAAAUUCUUUUCACUUCGAAUUACAAAAAUUUGAACAAACAAUAAGACGCUUUGAUACAUUAUUUCGUUUGUUUGCUAUUAGAUUAUCAACGUAA